AUGAUUGUGCCUCUUGUAGUCAGUGUGCUGAUGGUUCCUGGGGUUGGAGGCCAUGCUCUGGACACGCCACACCUCCCACAGGACCUGACUCCAGGACUCUCAAAAAAUAUCAAUAGCACAUUCUUCAAUGGGAUGUUUAAGAACGUCGAAAGUGUCACUGAAAUACUUGACUGCCUGGGCUCCCACUUCAGCUGGCUGCAGGCUGUCUUCACCAACUUUCCUCUGCUGCUCCAAUUCGUGAACGGCAUGCAAUGUGUGGCUGGUCUUUGCCCCCGAGACUUCGUGGACUAUGGCUGCUCCUGCAGGUUUGAAAUGGAAGGGCAGCCCGUGGAUGAAUCUGACAGCUGCUGCUUCCAGCACCGCAGGUGCUAUGAGGAGGCCGCCGAGAGGGACUGUCUCCAAGACCCUGCCAAGCUCAGCGCAGAUGUUGAUUGUGUCGGCAAGAAGAUCACAUGUAAGUCCACAGACCCGUGUGAGCACCUGCUGUGCACUUGUGACAAGGUUGCCAUAGAGUGCUUGGCUCAGUCCAGCAUCAACUUCUCCCUCAAUCUUCUGGAUCCCUCCCUCUGCCUUCAGACUCCAGAGACAACCAGCCAGAAAGGGCUGGCAACACUGCUGCCUGGAGUGGUUCCUGCAGAAGCCACGGACACCAGCCUGACAGCGCACUCAGGAGAAGUGGCUGCUGAGAGACCGACCAGUCUUGCAAGGACAGAACCUAGGCAGGAUCUGGAAGGCAUGGAAGCUGCUAAGGCCACACCUGCGCCAGGGUCUGCAGAGAUUGUUGCCACAGCUAAGGCUGUCACCCUUGUCCCUGAUGGCAAUAGCUCUUCAGGGUUGGCGGUGCCAUCCAUGGAGAGCAGUCCUGGGCAAACAACUGGCAAAGCCUGUGAUAGAUUCACCUUUUUGCACGUGGGAAGUGAGGACGACAUACAGGUGAUGGUGCAGCUUGGAGAGAUGCUCUUCUGUCUGACAUCCUGGUGUCCGGAGGAGUUUGAAUAUUAUGGCUGUUACUGCGGGCGAGAAGGAAGAGGCGAGCCAAAGGACAACCUGGACAGGUGCUGUCUGUCCCAUCACUGCUGCCUGGAGCAGGUGAGAAGGCUGGGCUGCCUGCCGGAGAGGCGUCCUCGGUCUGCAGUGUUGUGUGUGGACCGCACACCCAAAUGUGUGGGGCAGAGCCUGUGCGAGAAGCUGCUCUGUGCCUGUGACCAGACAGCGGCCGAGUGCAUAGCCUCUGCCUCCUUUAACCGAAGUCUGAAGUCAUUGGAUGGACACGAGUGCCAGGGCAAGCAGAAGCUGUGCGAAGACAGCGUGCUGGGAGGGCGCUCAGCCUCUUCGGUUGGCUCCAGCUCUGAGGAGAACAGCGAAGAGGCCACGACCCCUGCAGAAGGCCUCAGAAGGAGGAGAUUUCUGAGACAGUCGCCUGGUCCCUCAGUGGCCAGGCCACCCCAGGGAAGUUAG